AAGACAGGGGGGAGUAUGUGUGCUAUGUUAGCAGUGAACAGUGGUACGACAAGGCCAUUGUACUCCUCACAAUGAAUGUAUUAGGUGGUAUCCCAGUUCUCUCUGUAGCUGAAACAAGAGGAGGAGGAGGUCUGGUGAACGUUACCUGUUCAUCAGAGGGCUGGUCACCACAACCUACACUAACCUGGAGAAACAAAGAGGGGACAGAGAUCAGAAAUGGACAAGAAGUACUCAACACUCCAGAUCCUCAGGGAUUGGUGAGUGUCAGUAGUUGGCUGCUGUAUUCUCCCUCAGACUCCGAUUGGCUCUCCUGUACAGUCUCUCUGUCUGAGGAGGUGAAGAAGGAGAGUAGAAUCCUGCCCAGAGCUCCAACGGAGAGUCAUUGGAGUCUUGGAGCCUUCAUCACAACUCCGAUUAUUUUACUGCUAGUCUUUACUGUCAUUGGGCUCUUCAUCUGGAACAAAAAAACAGAUAAAACAGAGUCUACUGAGAGGCCAGAAGAAACAGCUCUUUUCGCAGGUGAAGUAGGUAAAAAUCAAGUGCCAAAUGAAGAAUGUGGUAUGCAAACUGCCAAGGAAACAACUACACAGAAAGAUGUAAAUGUACCAAAAGCAUGGGGCGAAGUGAAAAGAUUCAAAGUGGAAAUCACUCUGGACCCAAAGUCUGCUCACCCUAACCUAGACGUGUAUGCAAGUAAAAUGAAGUCAAAAGUAACUGAUGUUCCCAUGGCUCUUCAUGUCUUUAGUGAGGACAGAUUCCGCUCCGGACAGUUAUACUGGGAAGUGAAGUCCGUUCCUUUAGGUCAGUGAAAGCGAGGGAAGGGAUGUGGAGUGUCAGGGCUCUGAUGAUAGGAGGAAUAGAGAUGUGGAGUGAGAGAGGAGAGUGGAGGGAGAGAGAAAGAGGAGACUGUAGAGGAGGGAAAGGAGAGUGGAGGGAGAUUAACAUGAAGAUGAACAUGGAGAGCAGGAAGCAGAGGGAGAGGAGGUGGAGUAGGGAGAGGAAGAAGCAGAUGGAGAGGGAGCGCACACCCGAGAGUAGAGCCUAUGUUUCCAUGGGGUGCAUCUGCCCCAAGUCCCACCAUUCACCCUUGUACCACACAGCCUGGGCCUAAUGUGACAGAGGCAGGGGUUUUUAAGUUGUUUUUAAAAGUGUUAGGAGUAUUUUUUAUAUCUGGUGUUUAACACCAACCUGUCCACAUCCAAUUCACUGAAUUGUUGUCAAAGUAGGCUACUAUUUCUACAUUUUGUGUCAGACCUUGUCUGUACUAAAUCUUUUUGAGAGAGGUUAUCUACAUUUUGAAAUAGUCUCUGAAUAAGUAGUAAGAGUCUUUGUCAAUACAAUAGCCUACAUUGUGUGGGUUUUGAAAUACUUUCUGAAUAUUGUCCUCUGGUCACAUUUUGGAUUAUUUUUUAAAUAUUUGUACAAUAUAGUAUAUUUGGUACAUUUUGAGGGAGUAAUUUAAAUAC